AUGGGCCCGACGUCUCAUUUCGCCUCGCUGCUGCAGGGCUUGAUCAUGCAGAACGCGGACCAGCUGCUUCCGUCUGAGAGCACGUGGGAGACCAUGCUCGCCUCGUUUGAGCAGUCGAUGCUCAAGAGUGUGACGGGGAGCCAGCCUGUCCCCGUGUCAGACACGCCGUCGGCAACCGGCGCCGCGGCGCCGCCUGGCCCCCCUCCGCCGCCCACAUCGUGGUGGUCAAGCAUGAUGUCAAUGCUGCCGGGCGCCCAGACCGACGCCGCCCACCCCGCGUCGGUCCCGGAUCAGACCACGCCCUCAUCGGCGGCGGCGCCGUCGAUGACCGCGGAGAUGCUCGCGGCGCUCGUUCGACAGAAAGCUGCAGCGAUGCUCACGCCGGACGCGACGCCCGCACUGGCCUCUUCCCCGUCGGCUCCUCCUACUGCACUCCAGGGUGUGCCUGAUGGUCUUUACGAACUCUAUGUGGAGCGGGCCAAGGUCACCCAGCUGGAAGCCAAGGUUGCGGCCCUUUCGGCGGCGUUGGCCGAGGCCAACUCGGCCAGCUCGGCAACGUCGGCCGCGCGCAUCGCCAAGCUCGAGCAGGAGCUUGCCGCCGUCACCGCCGAGCGUGAUGCGAUGGCCACCAAAGCGCGCGAAGAGCACGAUGCUCUUGUUGCGCGCGUCGCCGAGCUGGAGGCACGGCUGGCGACCGAAGUGGCCGAGCGCGAGUCGAUGCAGGCUAAGGCCACCGAGCUCAUCACGAUGCAGCACGCCGAGGUCGAGAAGCGCGGCGCUCGCAUCCGUGCUCUUGAAGCCGAGCUCGCGGCUCGGCCAUGACGCCUCACAGCUCCAGAACAAACUCGCGUACCUCGAUGAGCUCGUCGAGCCCGGCUUGACGGAUGCCGACCUUCUCCACACCGUCCCACAGCACACUAAACACAGCAUUCAGCUGA